AUGUCUCAAACGGAUGAUGAUUGGGACGCAGACGUGAAAGAUGAGACUGCAGAUGAUUUUCUCCAGCAGAAGACAAAGCCUCCACGGUCCAUCGAGCACCGACCGGCUGUCAGCUCUAAGCUCAGUGGUAAUGGCAGCUCUACAGAUCUUUCCCGAGCACCAACGUAUCCCAGUACUCGCAGGAAAGACACUCAGGGACUGAAACCGCAGUUCGAGGGUUUAGUUAGGGAGGCCGAGAUUGAGAGACUUAACUCUCGUAUCAAACGUAUAAAUAAGUUUAAGCGUAUACUCCAAUCCUCAACUGUCGAUUUGAAUGAAUUGCGCGAGAUAUCCUGGAAUGGCAUUCCAGAUGAAUUGCGGCCCAUGGCGUGGCAAAUGUUGCUUGGCUAUCUGCCUGCAAAUAGUGAUAGACGGAUAAACACCUUGGAACGAAAGAGAAAGGAGUUUAUAGAUGGUGUCAAACAGGCUUUUGUGAGAGGUACUGCUGGUCUAGAUCAGACUAUCUGGCACCAAAUAUCCAUUGAUGUGCCCAGAACGAACCCACACAUCCCACUUUAUGGUUUCGAGACAACCCAGAGGUCAUUAGAGCGGAUAUUAUACGUUUGGGCGAUACGACAUCCAGCUAGUGGUUACGUUCAAGGGAUAAAUGACCUCGUGACGCCAUUUUUUCAGGUUUUCCUUUCUGCCUAUAUUGACGGAGAAGUGGAGACGUUCAAUCCCAACUCCUUGCCUAAAGAGGUCCUAGACGUUGUCGAGGCGGACUCUUUCUGGUGCCUGACCAAGCUCCUGGAUGGUAUUCAGGAUAAUUAUAUACAUACGCAGCCUGGUAUCCAGCGACAAGUCGCUGGUCUACGGGACUUGGUGCAGCGAAUUGAUAACUCGUUGACAAAGCACCUUGCUGAGCAAGGAGUCGAGUUUAUUCAAUUCAGUUUCAGAUGGAUGAAUUGUAUGUUGAUGAGGGAGCUUAGCGUAAAGAACACCAUCAGAAUGUGGGAUACUUAUAUGGCAGAAGGACAAGCAGGAUUCUCGGAGUUCCAUCUCUAUGUUUGCGCAGCGUUUUUAGUCAAAUGGUCUGAACCGCUUCAGAAAAUGGACUUCCAGGAAACUAUGAUGUUUCUCCAGGCUCUCCCGACGCAGAACUGGGGGGAGAAGGAGAUGGAGAUACUUUUAAGUGAAGCGUGA